AUGACCAAGGGAGCGGUGAUGCUUCUUGUUCUCUUCAUCACGGUGCUGUCCGCGGUGAGUGAGGCCCAUAGGCCCGGUAACAGGGCCCUAGCCCAUGGGCGUCGCCCGGGGGCCGACCCAGUUGCACCGACACACCUCCACUUCUACUUCCACGACAGCUCGAGAGGCACGCCCCCCACGUCGGUGCGGGUGGCAGGCCCGGCGAAGCCGUCGUUGCAGACCUUGUUCGGGGCGGUGUACGUGAUGGAUGACCCACUGACGGAGAGGCCGGAGCUCGGGUCAGCGGCCGUGGGACGGGCCCAGGGCUUCUACAUAGGGGCGGACCAGACAGCAAUGGGCUUCCUGCAGGUCAUGAACCUCGUGCUCACCUCCGGCGCCUACAACGGCAGCUCGCUCACCGUGCUCGGCCGCAACUUCCCGCUCGCCGAAGUCCGGGAGAUGCCCAUCGUCGGGGGCACCGGCGCCUUCCGCUUCGCCCGCGGGUACGCGCAGGCCCGGACCUACUCGAUGAACACCAAGACCGGCGACGCCAACGUCGAGUACGACGUCUACGUCAUGCAUAAGCAUGCAAAUAUUUAA